AUGAAUAACAUUCAGGAGAGCGUGGCAGCACCACCGUUGCUGGAGAUUCUAAGGUGUGGACAUGAGCGGUUGGUGGAUGGGGAAAUAAGGGAGGAGGACAACAUGUUCGCAGAGUGGAGGUCGGCAUUGGAGUCCGUGGUGGCCAAUGUUGAUACGCUGAGGACGAACACGACACUGAAAGUGGUGGAGAUACUCAGUCCAGCUCAGAGCGUCAGGUGCUUGGCCGCAGUUUCUGAGCUGAAGCUCAGGAUAAGGAGUUGGGGUUUGCAGAGAGAAGCUGAAGCGCGACAAUCAGGUGGGAAUGAAUGA